GGGGGGAGAGGGGGAUAGGAGUAGGUGAGGUGUCUGGAAGCCCACAACCGGCACCAUGAAGAAGUUCUUUACCUCCUCGAGGAAGGAGGGCGAGGGCAAGUCGCCCUCCAAGGGCAGCCUGUGGAAGGCUGUGGUGGCCCACAGGGGCGAGAUUCCUGAGAAGGCCUACACGGAGACCUGCUACAACAUCAAUACGAAAGAGCUAAGCAACCUCCACCACGCUGCUUGCUUUGAGGAGGCAUGUAAAGUUGAGACCGUCCUGAGGAGAGAUCCAACAUGGUUGAACAGCAGAGAUGAGAAGCGCAGGACUGCUCUACAUUUUGCCUGUGCCAUGGGCCGGGCAGAAGUGGUGAGACUCCUCAUCAAGAGAAAGUGCAAACUUAACUUGUCUGACAACAAAAACAGGACAGCUCUGAUGAAGGCCGUCCAGUGCCAGGAGGAGGAGUGUGUAACCGUACUGCUGGAGGCUCUGGCUAAGGUAGAUCUUCAGGAUACCUAUGGCAACACUGCUCUUCACUAUGCUGUUUCUCACCAGAAUGUAUCAAUAGCAAAACAACUGCUCUCACGUGGUGCAUCUAUUGACCGCCGAAACAAGAGUCACCUCACACCACUUUUACUUGCUGUAAGUCGAAAAGAAGAGGAAAUGGUGAAGUUUUUACUAGCAUGUGGAGCAAACAUAAAUGCAGUUGAUAAGUGGAAAAGAAAUGCUUUCAUGCUGGCAGAAGAAUCUCAGUCAUCAUGUAUACUCAGUCUUCUUCAGGACCAUGUUGAUAGGAUGGCCUUAGGAUGGAAUCCAGACGACACUUUUGCUAGUGGUUUUAAUAGAAAUAGAAUUCCCCAACAAAUUUCAGAAGAUAAAGAAGAAAAGAUUCUGGAAAAUCCUUCUGAAAUUAGCAAUCCAGCAGUGGAUGAGACUGCUGGAGACCCCGUGUUCAGAAAUAGAAUUCCCCAACAAAUUUCAGAAGAUAAAGAAGAAAAGAUUCUGGAAAAUCCUUCUGAAAUUAGCAAUCCAGCAGUGGAUGAGACUGCUGGAGACCCCGUGUUCAGAAAUAGAAUUCCCCAACAAAUUUCAGAAGAUAAAGAAGAAAAGAUUCUGGAAAAUCCUUCUGAAAUUAGCAAUCCAGCAGUGGAUGAGACUGCUGGAGACCCCGUGUUCAGAAAUAGAAUUCCCCAACAAAUUUCAGAAGAUAAAGAAGAAAAGAUUCUGGAAAAUCCUUCUGAAAUUAGCAAUCCAGCAGUGGAUGAGACUGCUGGAGACCCCGUGUUCAGGAUUUCCAUCAAACCGGAUAUUUAUGGAAAACCAGAUACUGACUCAUUUUCUGAACACCUCGAUGUUGAUACCAAGAAUGUUCUGCCACCAGGGGUAAUAAAGCAAAUGACUGCUUAUCGGCAACACAUGAAAAUUGUACAAGCCAAAUUUACUGUGAGAACAGAAGAUGGAACAAUGUUUGAAGACAGCAUUUUUAAUCAUCCACAUGUGGUUCCAAGCCUUCCCACACCAUCAGUCGAAGUGCAGGGCUUUCAUGAUCCAUUCCUGCAACCACCUGGCCCUGGUCUGAAAGCUUCCUUCAAGUCUUCAACUAAGCCAGGUGGUACAGAGGAGGAGACAACAAAGCCAGCAGGUUUCAGAGAGGAAAAUGGUAUGAGUAUUACUGAAAAUGCUCCAUGAGAGCAAAAAAAUAAUGUCAC